UUUCACAGUAAGUGUUGUAGUUUCACAGUAGGUGUUGUAGUUUUACAGUAAGUGUUGGAAUUAGUUUUUUGUGAUAUAUUUUAUUCAAAUUCGGUGAAUUAAGGAGAAAAUAAGAUUUAUUGUCUAAAUGUGUAGAUUAUAGGAAAAUUUCUGAAAAAACGUAUCAAACCGAGUGUGUAACUUUAUCUUUUAAUUUAGCCAGAAUUGUCUUAAAAUUACUUCAGUAUGUCUAGGAUUCAGCAUAUUCAUAACCAUAGGCUUGCACCCGUUUGCAUACGCUUCUAUAGUAUUAUCCGUUGUUAGAUGAUCCUGUGUGGUAGGAUUCCUAAACCAUUUCAUCUUCUUUUUUUAAAUUUAUAUAAAAAUUAUUCAAAUCUAUGGCAAUUCAAGUGAUUUCUAAAAAUUACUCAAUUUUGAGAUUAUUUAACAAGGUAAAAUUUGGAAGAUUUAACUCAACUCGGAACUUUGCAACUUUUAACUUUAUCGACGAUAAAAAAACAGCAGAAGAAACAGUUUACUUUAAAAAACAAGAGGAGGCAAUUUUGGCCCGUAUGCUGGAAAAGGAUCCUUCCCUUGACCCUCGAUAUUCAGCUCCCUCUCACGAACUUGAACUCUACAACGAUUUAGCCUUAGCAUUGUCUAAGUUUGGAUUAACUGAUCCGCCACUAGCCCUAAUGGAAGAAGUUGUACUAGUCUUUAAAAAUAACGGAUAUUCCAAAAAAUAA